AUGGCUACAAGCAGCAAUGGAGCAGUUUUCUUCUUAGGAAGUCGCGCGCACUACGAGGUUCUGGAACAGCCGAAUAAUUAUGACGCAGAAAACGGGAAUACUUCGACAGAGACAAUUUAUCAAGACCAGUCAGUUGGAGAGAUGUGGCCUAAUAAUAAACGCGAUUUAGACGCGAACUACAACCCGGAAACGAUUAAUUGGAAUUAUUCCGAUAAUACUGCUGUACAGGAUACCCAGCCCGUGAGCUGCGUUAAGCGUCGAACGAAACGCCACUCCAGUGAGACACUGCUCUACGAUGAAAAGCCUACGAUUCUUAAUAUUAUGGACCAGGAAGAAGAAUCAAAAUCGAAUCCUUCUUGCCGACUCUCUCUCUUCAACUUUUUGACAUCUUUCGCUCGCUCAUCUCGUAAACGUAACAUCGAGUCGGAUCAAGUACAUUAUUUACAGCAUUUUGAGUCAGCGUUCACCGACUGUACCUACAGGGAGUCUUGCAGGUGUCUGGACUGUCAGGGUAGUUACUUCGAAUGUGAUGAAGAGAGCGACGAGUACAGUUCAGACAAUGAUUACUGCGUGUACAGUCAGCAAGCCCUCAACCAGACUGUCGAUGAGCUCGAUGAUGAUGUAAGGGAAAUUUCUAACAAAAAAUAUUUUAAACGUCUUAUAUAUUACCCGUGUAUAAAAUUGGUUUUCAUAAAUCCUCCUGACAAUGAUAAUACAUCAACUGAUCUUCUGUUGGACGAUCAGCAAGAAGAGGAGCCAGAACAGGAGAUUUUGGAAGAGGAAGACACGGAUAAACAGUUGCAAAUGGAAGUGGCAGCGAGCACGUCUGCUAUGUUUAAUAUUCUUCUGUACCAUCCUUUUUCUUGCACUAUACAAUAA